GAGUUGAGAAACAGAACUGGAUUCAAUUCUUCAAAGAAAUGUUGAAACUAAUAAGUAGGUCUCCGCUUGUAACUAUUACAGUUUUUGUCACCCUAAUUGCUCUCUUCAUCGCUUUCAGAUUUCCUCUCAAGUCCUACAACUUUUCUCUUCGACAACAGAGAUUGUUUACAGCAGAAGAACUUGCUUUGUACAAUGGGACUGAUGAAAACUUACCUAUUCUUUUAGGAAUCCUUGGUUCUGUGUUUGAUGUAACUAGAGGAAAAUCUCAUUAUGGCAUGGGAGGUGGUUACAAUCAUUUUGCAGGAAGAGACGCGUCCCGUGCAUUUGUUUCAGGAAACUUUACAGGAGAUGGACUUACAGACUCUUUGCGUGGAUUGUCCAGCAGUGAGGUGAAGAGCGUCAUCGAUUGGCGAGAAUUCUACUUCAGAAGCUACACGUUUGUUGGCAAACUAGUUGGUCGUUAUUAUGAUGUUCAAGGAAAUCCCACAAAAUAUUUGAAAGGCGUUGAAGUGAAAGCAGCAAGAGGUGCACAACUUAUGGAGAAACAGAAAAACGAAGAAGCCAAACAACCCAGUUGCAAUUCAAGGUGGAGUCAAGGAGAGGGUGGAGAGGUAUGGUGUGAAAAUGGCUUCCCAAGGUUAGUUCAGAGGCCUCGAGAAAUCGCUUUGACUGGGAAGAUGAGCAAACGAUGCGCUUGCUUUGCAGAAGAUCAAUUAAGCCAGCAAGGGCUAGAAGUGUAUGAAGGAUGUGAUUAUCUCGCCAAGACUUGCCGUGUUUAACCUGAUGCAAAAGUAAUUGUGUUCUCUUGUUGAUUUUAUGUUGAAACACCUUGAAAUGACUCCAUAAUAGUCCUUGUUGAAAUAUGGGAAAAUUAUACACUUCGCUAGUUAUAUGUGCGGUCUCCAAUACAUAGAUAUACAGAGAUUUUUCUAACAAGCAAUGUGCAUCAGUAGGUUAAAUUUUGAAAGGUA